AUGGAGAGCUGGCAAUACGUCGCGGCGAUGAUCUUCUGGUUCUCCUUCGUCAUCAUCUUCUUCUUUGUGCUCUUCAACUUCCUCAUCGCCAUCAUUGUUGAUGCGUUCAUGGAUGUGAAGGACGCAGCAGAGAGUGCAUCGGCAAUAUACGAGGACAUGUACCUCAUCGUGCUGCGCUUCUUCCGCCGUGUUGCAACGCCUUAUAGCGAGUACAGCCGCCUGCUGCGGCACCUCAUUCGCCUGGGAGCAGUGGACACGGCCCAUACGGUCAUGGAGAAAAGCCUGUGGCAAUCGGCACAGCAGAGCCUUGCUAGGAGCCUUCGGCACAGCCCGGCAAGGGAAGGGGGCAGCAAGCAUGUGAGCAGUGGUGGGGGCAAUGGCAACAGCAGCGGCGGCAGUGACAGUAGGGCAAGUGAUAGGGGCAGCAAGAAUGGCAGUAUGGGCAGCAGGGAGGGCAUGAAGGAAUUAGUAGUGGAGGAUGGUGUGGAUGAUAGUGGGUCAAGGAGAGGUGGGUUGGAGGAUGGGCGACGAGGGGGAGCAGAAGUUGCGGAGGAGGGGAAGUUGGGGACGGAAGAGAGAGAAGCUCUGGUAAGGGUGCAGCGGCAGGGGAUGAUUGAUGGUAAAGCGGUCAUGAUGAGGGUGCAAGGGCGGGGGAUGUUGGGAUUGGGAGGGAUGGUGGAUGCAGCUUCUGGCGCGCCUCAUAGGCUGCAAGGGGCAGGAGCUGAAGCUUCCAGAAUGGACACAAUCUCUGAGGCGCCUCAACGGCUGGAAGGGGGAGGGGCUAAAGGUCGGAUCAGAAUGCAAGACGAGGGGAUGGCAGAAGCAGAGAGAAUUCAACCAGGCGUGAGUGAGAGAGACGAGGGGGGUGAGGGUCUUAGGAGUGGCACGGAGGUAGUGAGAGAUGGUGGGAGUAAGUUCUCGGGAGUGUCUGCUGCCAGAUCUGCUGCUGAAGGGGGGAGUGCGAUGGUGUGGUCGCUCCGAAGGCGAGUAAGCUUCUGGCGGGAGGACUCACUGGAGGAGCGGCAGCGGGUGGUGGCUGUCGGGGGCAGGCACCUCAACGCCCUCUCGCUCUCUGCUAUUCUGCAACGCGCGCUAGCCAGAAAGGUGUGUUGGUGGGAUGCUGCGCUCGGUCCCUCCCCGCUACACCCACCACCUAGAAUCCAUCGACCCGCCAGCACUCGUCAAGAUCUCUCGCUCAGGGGCAAGAAAGAGCCUCUGCGCUCUGUCCCUCCUCGCUACACCCACCACCUGGAAUCCAUCGACCUCCCUGCACUCGUCAAAGUCCUUCUCUCGGAGACAGGAGAGAACCUGUCCCGUUCCGACCUCAUGGCCCGUGCAAGCUCAGCUGUGGCCAUGUCUCGGCAAAAGCGAGACAUGCUGGCAUUGCAAGAGCGAAUGGGAGCCCUCCAAACAGACCUGACUCAGAGGUUUGACGAGCUCGAACGUGGGAUUAUGGAUCGGUUACCGAACCAAGGUCAUGAGAAGGCGGGUCGUGAGGUUUGGACGGAGCAGGUGCGGCGAGAGGUGGAUGCUGCUCGGAAGGAGGCUCGGCGGGAGGCCUGGGAGCAGGCACGACAGGAGGUUGAGGAGGCUCGGCGUGAGGCACGAGAGGCUCGGGAGGAAGCUCGGAGGGAGCGGGAAGGGUUUGGGGAGAUGCUGAGGGAGUUGAAGAGGGAGAUGCAACUGCUUCGGGUGACCAGCGCAGCGCCAGUCGUUGGGACAGAGGACCGGCGAGGCGGAGCCGCACACGGUGGCUGCACACACACACACAGGCGCAGGUGGGCCACAAGGAGGGAGAGAGAAGAGAGGGGGAGGGAGAGAGAGAGAGAGAGAGAGAGAGAGAGAGAGAGAGAGAGAGAGAGAGAGAGAGAGAGAGAGAGAGAGAGUAAGAAACCGAAGGCAGUACUGAGAUGGCAGCGUUAG